AUGCAGCAUAUCGAUAUCUCGUCUGCCAUACCGCUGCUACUGGCGUAUCCGACGGUGAUUUUGGCGAGCCACCUGGUGCUUGCGGGCAACCCCGCAAGCCCCGGUGCGGCCGCGCUGCGGCUCGUGCUGCUGCCGCUGUUUGCAGCGUGCAGUGUGUGUGUGGUGGGACUCUUGCUCAAGUUGUGGGGCGAUCUCCGGUCGGCGUUGUCUGCGCUAGUGCUGGCGGCGCUUAUCUCACAACUGAACUUCGCCCUUGGUACAGUUCAAACCACCGCGCUGUCGCUGGUGACGAUUAAACUGGUGCUGUGCGGCGACACGCCGCGGUACUCGUGGUCCAAACUGCUCAAGGUAUAUCUUCCCCUGUGUCUGCUGAGCGCUGUCGUCGCGAAACUUUCAGGUGCUUCAGGGGUCUUACCGCCCCUGAUGUCUUACCUGGCGUUAGUGGCAUGUCUGAAAGUGGUGCUGCCGCGACUACCGAAGGGUGAGGUGGCAGCCAGGAAGAAAUCGGUCUUAUCCAUACCUCUGGUGUGUGCGGCGGUGCUGUAUGUUGCUUGUUUGUCCUAUGGGUGGUCGUUUCAGUUGUUGAUGGUUUUUGUGUUCGGCGGCUGUUUGGUGAUCCUUCUUGUAUCCGCGAGGGACCUCGCGGCAGAAGAACAAAAGAGGCCGCUCACAAUGGCAAGAUAUUUCAUCGUGUCGAGCGCCUUGAUGGCGGUCGUCUUGCAAUUCUUGUCGUUCAAUGCCAUCUCGUCCUCGAGACUCGCGGAUUGCGUUACGAUAGUGUAUGCGGUGUAUGCGGAGUACGUGUCGUGGUCCGUGGAUAUCGAGCCUCAUGGACAGAGUAGUACCAUCGGCGAGGAGACUCCAAGCAGUCUUUUCCAGCAGAUAGCCAAGAAUAAGGACACGCGGUCUAUCUUUUCGUUCUUGCUUCUCAACACGACUUUCAUGUUUGUCCAGUUGCUGUAUUCAUUUCGGUCCAAGUCGCUCGGACUGUUGUCCGAUUCGUUGCAUAUGGCGUUGGACUGCACUUCGUUACUUCUGGGACUGAUCGCGGGGGUGUUGGCGAAAAGGCCCCCGAGCGAUAAGUUUCCUUUUGCUAUGGGGUUUCUGGAGACGUUGGCGGGCUUCACGAACGCGGUUCUUCUCCUGGGGAUCGUAUGUGGCAUCUUUGUGGAGGCUCUUGGGCGACUGUUCAGUCCGGUGCAUUUGCACAAGACGAGCGAGCUGCUGGUGGUGGCUACUUUGGGAUUGAUAGUUAAUCUUGCGGGACUGUUUGCGUUUGAUCACGGUGGACACUCGCAUGGCGGAAGUAACGAAAAUAUGAGAGGUAUCUUUCUGCAUAUUCUCGCGGACACUUUAGGUUCGGUCGGCGUCAUAGUAUCGACGAUUCUGAUAAAGGUUACUCAUUUGCAUAUCUUUGAUCCGAUUGCGUCGAUAUUUAUCGGUAGCUUGAUCCUGUUGAGCGCGAUCCCGCUGCUGAAGUCGACCACUUCUUCAAUCCUGUUGAAACUGGACGAGAAAAAACAUAACGCUGUGAAAAACGCAUUGAACCAAAUCUCAGCCACGCCGGGAAUCACCGGCUAUACAACACCACGGUUCUGGCCUGCAACUGUGGACAGUUGUGGGCACUCCCAUGCUCAUUCUCACGCACACUCGCAUGACCACUCGCAUGAACAGGCACAUUGCCACGAGCACUCUCAAGGUCACAUACAUGCAGACUCUCAUGAUCAUUCACACGCCAGUACCCACGAACAUUCAGCAAACACUCCUUCCUUGGUCGGGUACAUACAUAUCCAAUACAACGAUGGCGAAAACUCAACCAUAAUUAAGAAGAGAGCUGAGAAGAUCUUCGAGUCUGUCGGAAUCAAAGCCUGGAUUCAGGUUGAGCCAAACGAAUCAGCCUGUUGGUGUAGAACAUCCUCCCAAAACAUGAUUCCUCAGGUUGUACAGCACAAAUGA